AUGUCCGCCUCGCGCCCUCUCAUACGCCAUUCUGGCUCUGUUGGAUCCGAGAGCAUCAAUGCUCUGCUUUCACCUCCGCUCUCGCCAUCAGAAAUCAAAAGACACAUAUAUUCUAUCACACCACUACUCAACCCCGAAACGUUUGACACUGCACCGUUUUCCGAAUCGUUUCUUGGGUUUCUCGACGAUGAAGACGAGCAAGAGCAGGCAAAGGACGAGUCCGCUAGCCCGACCGAGACCGGUUUGGCCACACCCACAGACACAGUUUAUCCGAGUCCAGAUCCAGAGCCGACGAAGCCUCGUCCAUGUUCCGUCGCAGUCUCGGUUCGCGGAGAUGCGAGCUACUAUGUCGAGAAUCUGACGGAUAUUCGCGAUGUUGACUCAGACUGGGAUGAUGACGAGAUUGAGGAGGUCAUGGUUAUCUCCGCGAAACACAAAUCCAAACGUCCGCGAUCUUCUAUGGUUGGACUAACUACUUCGACUACUAUCUCAUCGGAUACCGGCGAUACCUCCAACGACAACACUAUUCUACCAAGCGCGACCUCUUCCUCUACCUUCCCCUCCUCAACGGAAACCACGCCCACCCUUACACCAUCCACAUCUGCUAACGACCAGAUCCCACACAUCACGCGCACCCACAAAUAUCCCCUAUCGCCUUCUGUUCGCCGCGAACUCGCGUGCUACAAACUUCUGAACUCGGCGUCGGCUACAGGACAGGUUCAAUUUCUACAGACUAUGGAGUCCUGCUGGGAGGACGGGAGAGGGCUGAAUAUGGUUUUCGAAAAGCCAGAGUAUGGCAAUUUGUUGGAGUGCGUGAACGGGAUGGAAGCUGACACGGCGGCGGUGGAGAGAUGGCAGAUGAAAAUCUGGGCUUGCGAAAUUGCCCAGGGCAUCGCAUCGCUUCACAAGCUUGGCAUCGUCCAUCGUUCUCUUCGACCCUCUCACAUUUUCAUCAAUAGUGAAGGCCACGCCGUCAUUGGCGGUUUCGAACGCUCGGUCAUCCUAACUCAGCAGCAACUCGAGGCGAAAUCAACACAAUCCCGUAACGCUUGGAGGAACUCUGUCGUCUCUGUCAUGGAAGACGAAAGAGUAUCAGAGGACAACGGCGAACGGGAGUGGGAAGAGUCCCCGGAGAUGUUGCUUGGGUGGGAGCAUGGAGUUGAGGUGGAUUGGUGGGCUUAUGGCGUCGCUUUGGGAUGGCUCGCCUCCGGACAGCAUCCACUCGUGGGUAAAGGCGAGCAGCUCGACUCGGAGGUGAUGCGACAGAGGAUUACCAGAGGACAUCUGCGGUUCAAUGCUCUGGCCGAUAUUGAGCCCGGAUUAAAGGAUCUAAUCCAAAAAUGUCUCGAACGCAACCCGGCGAAGAGGAUUAACUACGAAGGGAUCAAGAGUCAUCCUUUCUUCGCGGAUCUCGAUUGGGACUAUGUGGUCCUUGAAGGACAAAGCGCAAGUGAACCUGCUCAAACACCCCAGCUGUCCGGCACUCCCUGUUCUCGCGUCACCCUCGCAUCACCUUUCGACACAACCCAACGACCCGUCUCCUUCCAGAACUCUAUGCAUCGCCAACAGCGCGACUCACAAAACUCCUGCUACGCGACUCCGGCCACGCACACCAACACUGAUACCGACUCGACUCUCGAUGCGUUCUCCCUUCGCUCCGAGAACUCUCCUAGACUCCGCUACAUGGUCGAUAGUCCUCCAAGGUCAAGUCGUCCCAACUCCUACAGCCUGAGUCACAGCCCCGACACCGACCAUGCGGAGACUGCGACGCUGGGGUUCGCGCAAAGGUUAUCCCUUCUUGCACUCGAGAGACCUGUGUCCAUCGCCAUAUCUCGUUCCCCGAGCUAUGUAAAUCCCCCGAUCCUCGAGGAGGACGCUGGGGACGAGGAUGGGGGAGAAGAACACGACAACAGCACGGGUACUGUCCAGGCCAUCUCCACUCUACGUGCGAUCUCUCAAGGAUACGGAUACUCGAAUCGAUCCUCCUCCGCAUCUUCAUCCAGCACGAACUAUUACCGCAACAGUGACCAACGCUUCUCCUUCCCGCCUCCCAGCCUGCCAGAAAUCCAUCACUCGAGGUCCAGAGCUAGCAGCAUUUCUUUGCUCGUUUCUAACGACGGUGAUGGUGAGGGCGCUGGGGACGUCAGUUAUCACACCCUCCGACAUUCUAACAGUACAAACACGACCUUCGGACGCGAGGUGGACGCGCGACCUAGCCAUCCUUCACCGCAUUCACCCAUAUCCCCAUCAUCUGUGCGGGAUGGGUCGAUGAACGCAAGGUACGGUUCGUCCAUUGCCAAGGCGAUGGACUCAACCGAAUGGGAUAGAAGAAUCUCGUCGACGUACAGCUUAUACACUGGCGAUCGGGAUCCCUACGUUCACGAAAGUGAGCCUGGAGAAAUUAUUGGUGCGAGGACGAGCAGGAGUCGGACGGGGCGGGGGACCGAGUCUGAGGAGUUGGGAGUCGAUGAGUUUGGGGUCUGGAUCGACGAUGAGGAGCAGGUUCUCGGCGAGGGCGGCGUCUACCCUGCAGCCGACGAAGACAGCUUCAGACUCGAGGGCGAAGUCCCCGGUGAGGACGUCAUGAGCAUCACUGGCGCGCUCGCCCUUCCCAUCCCUAUUCUCGUCGACCGUGCUCGAGUCGGUUCUCAAGCGGACAGGUACGCGUUCGACGAGGACGAUACCAUCACGCCUAGAAACGCGAACCGUUUGAAGGUUCAGAUUGCACAGGAACAGGAUAAAGAGCUCUACGCUAUGUCCAGGACGGGCACGAUGAGUCGACUUCGGGAGAAGCUGAAGAAGAAGAGGAGGGAGACUAUGGUCAUUUUGGCUUCCGAGUCCGAGUCGGAAGGCGUUGAUAGGACUGGCGCUGGAGGUUGGAAGAAGGCAAGAGACCGGGGAUCGAAGGAACUGGACGAGCCUCGGACGCCUGCUUCUGGGAGUGUUUGUUCUGGUGUUUGUGUUGAUUCUGGUGAGGAUGGCGUCAGGAGGAUCUCUGGCUCUGUUUUGAGGCCGAGGUCUGCAUCUGUCCCUCUGGGCAGACCAGGACCUUCGAAUGCUCUGUUGCAUCCUAAUCCCGGAAACUACUCCGACAUCUCAUUGCCGGAGAUCGCGUGGCAUGGACACGACGUUCAAGCAGAACCGCCUGCACCUUCUUCCACUCGUUCCCGCCAUGCUCGCUUCGCUGUUGACGACGAUGAAGACGAAGCCACUCCCAAAAUAGGAUACUACUAUCGCAAUCACAGACGCCAUUCCGCGCACUACCGCCCUCGCCUAACGACUCGUGCUUCCUCCGGAACCCUUGACUCCUUACGUUCACGCUUUGCUUCCCCCGGGUCCCCCGACCCUGGAGAAUAUCUGGUUGAGAAGAGACAGGACGAAAGGAUCAGGGCGGACGAGACGUUCAGAUGGAGUGCGCUUUCGCUCGAGGCUCCGACCACGAUGAAUGAAGAGGGGCUCACAUCGGGCUCGCGUGACGGCGCUGGUGGAAACGCCAGGGUAACGUGGUCCAUCUAUGGUAGAGCCUCGAAGGACUCACAUCUCGGAGGUCGAAGCCAAAGUUCGGCCAACGCGGAUAGCAGCAUUCGGAUCGAGGCUGGCCAUACGGGUGGCGGUGGCGGUGGCGUCGUGAAGAAGAUACUGAAGAAGAUCAGCAGUCGAGGAGACUCGAGUUCUAGGACAUCUCUCGCCGGCGCGACGGCUCAGAAUUCUCAUGGUGGCUCUAAAGUCUCUGCUGCGACUUUCUCUGGGACUGGACCCGGUGCUCGACCUUCUCUGCGUACUAGGCUUAGCGGUUCGCUGAGGUCUUCUGCGAGCUCUGCGACUAUUUCUGCUGCUCCUGGCUCUAACCCCGGCGCUGGCUCUGUCUCUGUCUCUGGUUCUGGUACCAUCUCAGGCUCAAGGCCCGAUAACGAGGUCGACCAGAGUAGGAGAGAAGGAUGGGUCCGGUCUUCCGCCUUCGUAGCAAGCUUAGGCAGUCUGGGUAUGGGAGCCGGCGUGCGUAGGAUGGGGAGGGGCAUCGGUUAUAAUGCUUCCCACAGGAGAAGCGGGGCUGGCAUCGGUGCUCGCGGAAGUGGUGUUGGCAGAGAUUCUUUCAAUGAUAAUGGGGAAGAGGACGAAGCGAUGGGUGUUCCGGGAUGUUAUUCAGGACUAUGGAGGAGGGAGAAUGGAUUUGGGGCUGGGGAUGGGUUUGGGAGUGUUGUGGGAGGAGGGGUGGGUGGAACGGAGGUGAGAGUGUCGAGGGAGGUUAAGGUUGAGGAGGAGGAGGAGGAAGAGGAAGAGGAGGUUUUGGAUGUGGGGGUUGCGAUUGCGGCGGGGUGUGACUGACCCUGCGGUUUGAUCGAGUGUUUGCUAUCGGUUACUAGGCCUCUCCUCUUCGGCUCUUCUGUGUUCUUCGCUGUGUUUCUAUCCGGCUCGACGUCCAUGCUAACGUGGUAUCAUUUCUUGUUCUGUAUAGCUCUGUGUAUCUUCUCCAGAGUGUUUCGACUCUGACUAUCGGCGCCACCUUUUCUGGGUCAUAACUCUCAUCAUUAUCUGCGAUACCUUGUUAUACUCUCCUAACAGUGAUCGUUGACGCUCACUUGUCCUUGAUCUUCACUUGUAAUACGCUCCCUCCCUCUAAAUUGGGCGACUCGUCUUCACAAGGUCCUGCGUGCCAACUCACAUUGCAGUCAUUGGUCUAGGAUGCACUGUCCACAUUCAGCCUCUGGUACUCUCGAUUUGUUCUG